AUGUCACUUACGCGUGCGGCUGGAUUAGUAAUCUUCAGGUACACAAAUGAAACAAUACAGUUCCUUCUUUUACAAACGUCAUAUGGUGAACAUCAUUGGACUCCUCCGAAGGGUCAUGUAGAUCCAGGAGAGUCAGACUGGGUAACUGCAUUAAGAGAAACUAAGGAGGAGGCUGGGUUGUCAGAGAAUGACUUAGAAAUAUAUCAAGGUAUAUCAAAAACACUUAACUAUCAAGUUAAAGGAAAACCUAAGAGUGUUUUGUAUUGGUUAGCUAAGUUGAAAAACCCAGAUAAAAGUAUUACAUUAUCAGAGGAGCACCAAGACCUCAAGUGGCUGCCUUUGGAUGAGGCACAAGAACUGUCAGGAUAUGAAGAUAUGAAGCAGUUACUUUCAGAAUUUUAUGUAAAAGCGCUGAAACUAGUGUAG